GGAAGUGCUAGGAGUCAUUAUAGAGUUUUUCUCCGGAAGAAAUAAGGAUUUCUGCAGUAUCCUAAAAUACUAGGACCGCUUCUAUUUUGAGACCAAUCUCGCAGGCAUAUCCGCUCAUUUAGUCCAAGUUUGAGCCCAUCAAAAAAACAGGAGAUGACCUGAACUCCGGCGAGCCCUGGGUUUCCUGCUGCGUUCUUGGUUCUGAAGGGUAGGGGGUAAAGAGGAGAGCAGUGCAUGGGCUCCCACUAAGGCAAUGAGUGGGCUGUAACGAUCGCAAUGACGCCGCCGGCCUGGGAGAACAGAGGAUCGCCCCGAGCCUGUAAAGCAGCCGCGGGGCUGUGGAGAAAGCAGCCCUUGCAGUCUAUCCAGGUUUUGAGCAGCCGGCCACUCCUGGUUUCUAAGCGCGGCAGAUACGACGAUGAACCCUGCCGGAUACCUAGAGCGUUCGGGUUCUGCACCCACAUCUCUGCACAGCGGGUCUCAAACAGCGCAAAGAGGAGAAAGGCGUGGGAGCCUUAUUUCUAGGGGAGGAGGUGAAGGUGCAGGCCUCUGGGCGAAGCGCUAAGUCCUUUUGAACUGGGACUUUGGUCUAGGCCGCUCCCUGUCUGGACGUCUGCGGUCAAACUGGGAUCGCAACCCGGUGACAAGGCUCCUAGAAAAGAGGCGGGUGAGCAGGGGAGCCUAGACUUGCUUUCCCUAGCACCCGAUGAAGUUGGUGAAACUGUUGACUCUCACCUCUUCACACCAGAACCUUUAGCCCAAGUCUCACCUCCGGUGGCCCUGUACUUGUCACAAGUCCACCCCUUGCUAGCUAGACAUGAUUUCCGGCCUCUCUCGCCCCAGGCACCGCUGCCGUCGACUGUCUAUACCCCUCUGCCUCUGGAUGUAGUUACUGCCUCUGUCCCUGAGGCCCGCGGGAGUUAGGGCCGGGCAGCCUUUCUGGGAGAGAAGGGAAGGGGACUGGGUGGAAAGCGAGGAAAGAACAGGGCGGUGGGGAGGGAAGAGAGAGGAAGAAUCUCAGUGGCUGCAGAUCCUGUGAUCGAUUAGCCAUUGAUUGCGGUUAAGGCAACCGCUGAGGAUGACAACGUCGCUGAGGAAGGCCACGGAGCUGCUAGACAUUAAUUAACUCAGGAGCCCACUCCAAUCCUGAACUGAUAACAGCCUGGCACAACCUCCCCUUGCGUUUUCGGGUUUAACUGGUAUCUUAGAGCUGAGGAGAAAUAAAACAUGCCUUGGAAUCUCAUUUAGGAGAUGCUUAUUUGGACAAUCGAAAACAAAAAUUUUUUGAUGGUUUCGUUAUUGCGUUAUUUUAUUUUCUUCCUGAAAAUGUGCAAGAACAGCUCAUCCGGGUGGCCUGUGGUCUGUUUGGGAGAGGGGCGGGGAAAUCCAUUCUGGCUAUAAUUUAAAAGAGAACGAAUUCUUAAAAUAUCUUAAAAUAGAGAUGUUGAUGCGACAGAAAAUCCCCACGACACCUACCCUGAGUUCUAAGGACCCGGCUAGAAUGAAAGGCGCUGACUGUGGCGGCUGGGACAGCGCCUCCCGCCAACAGGACAAAGCGGAUCCUGGAAAAACGGCCACCAAUUGAAAGUAGGUAUUUAAUCUCAAAGGCAACCGCUCCCGGGCACUUGCAAAACAUCAGCUCCACGUGACCCGGGGAAGUGGUGGCCGCGAAGGGUGGCACUUCCUACAAGGUGCAGGGAGGGGACGCGCGCGCUGCUCUCCUGGGCCUGGCCAGAAAGCCCGUUUUGUUGUUUCCGAGGCUCCGGGCAAAAGUUUGGAUGUGUCUCAGGGAGACGUUUGGAGCCAUCGGUCUUAUUUUGUUUGAAAAGUCACUCUUUCAAGUUGUCACUGGAAUGACAGCUCAGAAUAAAACUAAUCUGCGGCCGGCCCUCCUUCUGGCUUCUCUGAGGAGCUCCUGUGAGCGGAGAGGCAGACCGAGGGCAGACUGGGGCCGGGAUUCUAGGUUGCAGGGGCCCGGAAAAAGAUGGGGCCUUUGCCUAGGGCACUAGCACUUGGGAUAAAAGCAGAGAGGAGAAGAAUCGCGUGAAAGUAGACUCUAGAAGGACAGCCUAUGGGCCGCCCGCCUGCUCCGCUCUGCGGCGUGAGAGAAGCUGUUCACUCCAGCCGAGCAUGGGAGCUUCCCCCCUCCUCCGCCCCCCUUCUCGGCAGCUCCAGGAAAACUCCUGAGACCCGCUCCUCUCUCCCGGUGGCGGGUCCCCGAGCUGCAGCAGGGGACAGAGGACAGCCAGAGGCCGGAGGAGCCGACUCUCCGCCCCUAAGCGGCUCCCGGGGACUCGCAGUACUCAGCUCGGCCCACGCGGCCGCAGAAAACACUUUGGUGUGGCCGGGGCGUGGCUGAGGCCGGGCCACGCCCCCUCUUUCCCAAUUCCCCUCCACUCCUGAGUCCCAUUGGUCACACAGUCGUCCAAUGAGCGCCCGGAUCAAGGUCCUACCCCGGGUCUGACUCGAAAGCUCCUGCCAAAACUUUGGGAGUUUUUAGAGAGGAGUUUUUUUUUUUUUUUCUUUUUUUUUUUCCUCCUUAAUUUUUUUUUUAAACUAACGGAUCAUUAUUGUUGUUUUAAAUUUAGCUCUUAGGGCUUAGCUGUUUGGGUUUUUCUUUCGGUGUCGGGCUCCUGUCUUCCCCCCCGCUUCUCCGGAGUAGCGGAGCGAGGCCGCACCCGCCUGGCCGCUCCAGCACCCGGCGACCGCCUCCAUCCCGCGGGGAGCGCGCUCGCCGCGCCGCCUUUCAAGCCAGGCCAGGGGCCCAGGCCGUGGCGGGAGGCGACCCGGCUGUCGCCUCCUCUCUCGGUGGCGCUCGGGCUCCCGGCUGGCCCGGUGCUUCAGUGCGGGCGGAGAACCGAAAGCAGAUCGAGCUUGGCUGGGCACCGCUUCUCCCCGAGCACGCACCCACUCACCCACUCACCCAGGACCCCGGCAGGACCCUGCGAGGAUGUUCGCCGCCGGCCUGGCUCCCUUCUACGCUUCCAACUUCAGUCUCUGGUCGGCCGCUUACUGUUCCUCGGCCGGCGGCCCGGGCGGCUGCUCCUUCCCCUUGGACCCGGCCGCUGUCAAGAAGCCCUCUUUCUGCAUCGCGGACAUCCUGCACGCCGGCGGCGUCGGGGAGCCGGGGCCGGCGGCUGAGGGACUGGUGGGGGCUUCGGCCGCCCUCACCGCGCACUUGGGCUCCGUGCACCCGCACGCCUCCUUCCAAGCUGCCGCCAGAUCCCCGCUACGUCCCACCCCGGUGGUGGCGCCCUCCGAAGUCCCGGCUGGCUUCCCUCAGCGGCUGUCCCCGCUCUCCGCUGCCUACCACCAGCAUCUCCCGCAGCAACAACCAACGCAGCAGCAACAGCAGUCUCAGCCACAGCCUCCGCCUCCACCCCGGGCGGGCUCCCUGCAGCCACCACCGGCUUCAGGGACGCGGGUGGUCCCCCACCAUAGCGGCUCCGCCCCUGCCCCCUCCAGCAAAGACCUCAAAUUUGGAAUCGACCGAAUUUUGUCUGCAGAAUUUGACCCAAAAGUCAAGGAAGGCAACACGCUAAGAGAUCUCACGUCGCUGCUAACCGGUGGGCGGCCUGCAGGGGUGCACCUAGCUGGCCUACAGCCUUCGGCCGGACAGUUCUUCGCAUCUCUAGAUCCCAUUAACGAGGCGACUGCUAUCCUCAGCCCCUUAAGCUCCAACCCAAGAAAUUCUGUUCAGCAUCAAUUCCAGGACACAUUUCCAGGUCCCUAUGCUGUGCUCACCAAGGACACCAUGCCGCAGACGUACAAGCGGAAGCGCUCGUGGUCCCGCGCGGUCUUUUCCAAUCUGCAAAGGAAAGGCCUGGAGAAGAGGUUUGAGAUCCAGAAGUAUGUGACGAAGCCGGACCGGAAGCAGCUGGCAGCCAUGCUGGGACUCACAGACGCACAGGUGAAAGUGUGGUUCCAGAACCGGAGGAUGAAGUGGCGACACUCUAAGGAGGCUCAGGCGCAGAAGGACAAGGACAAGGAAGCCAUCGAAAAGCCUUCAGGUGGAGCCCCCGCCGAGGGCGAACUGGAAGAGAGAAGCCCCAGCCGAUCCGAAGGCGAGGCCGAGAGCGAGAGUAGUGACUCGGAGUCCCUGGACAUGGCCCCCAGCGACACGGAACGGACUGAGGGUACUGAGCGGUCCCUGCACCAAACUACGGUCAUCAAGGCCUCCGCCCCGGGCGCCCUCAUCCCAGCUAGCAGCAGCGCGAACGGUGGCGCCUUCAGCUUCGGCAGCGCCGGCAGCCUGGGUAGCAGCCACAGCAGCGCGGGGAGCGCCAACAGCCUUGGCGGCGGCUGCUCGGAGCUGCUCCCGGCUCACCAGCCUUCAGUCACCAGCAAUCCCCAGAGCCCGGAGCCUGCCCAAGCCCCGCUUGCAGCCUUAUAGACUGGACCAGGGUACCUACGGCAUGGCAUGGCAUGCAGCCUCCCCAACACUGGCCGGAGUUUGUGCCUACUUUAGUUGGUGGCCAGGGUGGCCAAGACGCUAGACGCCGCCGAGGGCAGUUUCUUGGGAGGGGGGGUUCCACACCCUUUCUCUUGCUGCCUAGGCUGCCUGAGGCCUACAGCUCCCCAAUGAGAGGAGAGUUGUGAGGUUCCCCUGCCAAAGAAUUUAACUGUUCUCCCUACCCAAGCAGCUCACACUGUGAAGUGUUGGAUGGAACUGUUCCUCUGAGCACCAGGGGUCUUGACGUAAGGACACGCGCUGCACUUAGGAGGCCUUUAACUUGUAAAUAAAAUGUUUACUACGGUUUGUAAAAGGC